AUGAGAUUUUAUACUCCCGCUUCACAGCUCGUGCGAGGCAUGGCGAAGCGCUACAACCUGGGCCCCGAUUUAGAUCAAAGGGCUUUCAACACGAGAAAGUCGGCAGGAGGCGACGGGUGGGAGCCGCCAGUAGCAGUGGUGGCAGCGGUGGUGGCGGAGAUGACGCUGACACCCGAGGCCGUGGCUCUCACCAUGAGUCGCCUGGAGCGGGAGCUCGACGCAGCUGUGCAAGCAGAGGAUUAUGUUGCUGCUGCUGGGCUCAGGGAUAGGCUCAGGCGCCUUCAGUCAGACAACGAGGCGGCAGUGAUUGCAGCCAAUGCUUUCUUCUAUCGUGCAUUCGGUGCCGCUGACAUCAGACUCAUGCGUCGCGUGUGGGCUAGAGGGGAGCACGUCCAGUGCAUACACCCUGGAGCGAACACGAUCUCUGGAUACGAUAUGGUCCUCAACAGCUGGGAGCUUAUAUUUGAUGGCAUGAACCGCCAGCUCAGCAUCUCACUGGAAGACGUGGCGUGCCAUGUGCGCGGCAGCAUGGCAGUGGUGACUUGUGUCGAGGUCAUCAAGUCAGCAGGCUCCGCUGGCAGAGUGGUGGCAACGAACGUGUUUGAGAAGGUAGGCAGUCAAUGGCUCAUGUGCUGCCAUCAGGGUAGUCCAGCCCCACCAUCAAGCAGGAUUAUGGGAUUCUAA